AUGCAUUCAAGGCUUUGCAAGGAAUAUGCCUCCAAACAGGCCCACGAACACAGACUCUCCGUCAGCCAGCAGGACGCUCCGCCAGGCAACGGUGCAGAAGAGACUUUUCAGAACAGAGCUGUGGUGUGGGGGCAGGGCGUGGCUUGGGGAGAGGUGCGUAGGCUGAAGUCUCCACAAAAAUGUGCUAAAGUGAAGAGAGAUGCAACGUGGAGAAACCCGAAACGGAAUGCGACCCUUGGAUUCAGCUCUCCAGUGGCCGGACCUAAACAGGCCCUUUGUUCGAUAGUUGGCAUGCUGUUCCAAGGCAGCAAUGGUCCAUUUCGGGGUGACAUACGACACCGUCAGGGAAGCUGGACUUGGAAGAAGCAGGAGCAGCCCGUGCAGGAGAAGCAGAGUGAUGGAGUGUUCUUUCCCUGGGCAAGGCGGUCCCUGCACACCGGGAUGCUUCUCCCAAACAAAGGUCCUUUGGAAAAGAAAGAGCAGCUCCCAGCUCUUCGUGGUUAUGAGCACGCUCUCUCGUGUACAAGGGAGUGUGAGCAGUUGGCUCCUCUUAGAUGUCAGAUGACUGUGUUCAUCUGGUUUUGUGUUGUGACAACUGAAGAGCUUAUGAGGACCGAGCAGCUCACGUUGGUUUUCCCAGCCAUGCCCACGGUGGGCAAUGCAGAACUGGCUGUGAAGAUCUGUCUAGACCGAGUGCAGGGCAUCCUGCACGGCGGAUCCCCAGAGCUGUUUUAUGACAAGAAUGAAGCCCGGAAAUACAUGUGCAACUCUAGGAUGAUUGAUGUCCAGACCAAGAUGGCAGGGCGAGCAUUGGAGCUCUAUCUGCCUGAGGAUAAGCCCUGUUACCUGUUGGAUGUUGGCUGCAGUACUGGGCUGAGUGGAGAUUAUCUCUCUGAUGAGGGGCACUAUUGGGUGGGCAUCGACAUCAGCCCUGACAUGCUGGAUGCAGCCUUGGACCGAGAAGCACAAGGAGACCUACUUCUGGGGGAUCUGGGCCAAGGCAUCCCCUUCAAACCGGGAUCCUUUGAUGGUUGUAUCAGCAUUUCUGCUGUGCAGUGGCUUUGUAAUGCUAACAAGAAGUCUGACAUUCCUGCCAAGUGCCUGUACUGCAUUUUUUCUUCUCUUUAUUCUGUGCUGGUUCGUGGAGCCUGAGCUGUUCUGCAGCUGUAUCCUGAGAACUCGGAGCUGCUGGAGCUGAUUACAACCCAGGCCAUCAAGGCUGGCUUCACUGGUGGUGUGGUGGUGGUCUACCUCUGUUUGUUUUCUGGACCAUCAACCUUUCUGCCAAAGGGCCUGAACGAAAUUAAGGAUGAAGAGGAGGCCAGAGAAUCCACAUUCACGAAUAAGAGGAUUCCCUAUAGGAUUGUGAGGAGUGGGGUGGUGAGGAAAACCCGUGAGUGGGUGCUGGAGAAGGAGCGCCAUAGACGUCAGGGCAAGGAAGUCAGACCUGACACGCAGUAUACCAGCCGCAAGCGCAAACCCUACUUCUAA